AUGGCCGAUAACGACGAUCUUCUCGACUACGAAGAUGAAGAGAAUGCAGAUCAGCAAGCGGCUGAUGGAGCGACCGAAGCGGCGCCAAAAAAAGAGGUUAAGGGCUCUUAUGUAUCGAUUCAUAGUUCAGGAUUUAGAGAUUUCCUUCUAAAACCGGAAAUUUUACGUGCUAUUAUCGACUGCGGCUUUGAGCAUCCUUCAGAAGUACAGCACGAAUGCAUACCGCAAGCAGUGCUCGGUAUGGAUAUUUUGUGUCAAGCUAAAUCCGGUAUGGGUAAAACUGCCGUUUUUGUUUUGGCAACGCUACAACAAUUGGAACCCUCGGAGAACCAUGUUUACGUUCUCGUAAUGUGUCACACACGAGAGCUCGCCUUCCAAAUUAGCAAGGAAUAUGAGCGCUUUUCCAAAUAUAUGGCUGGUGUAAGGGUUUCAGUAUUUUUCGGUGGAAUGCCGAUCCAGAAAGAUGAAGAUGUAUUAAAAACGGCAUGCCCCCACAUCGUGGUCGGCACUCCAGGGCGUAUCUUAGCUUUAGUCAACAGUAAGAAACUGAAUUUGAAACAUUUAAAACAUUUUAUUCUGGACGAGUGUGACAAAAUGCUGGAGUCUCUAGAUAUGCGCCGUGAUGUACAAGAAAUCUUCCGUAGUACUCCUCAUGGAAAGCAAGUUAUGAUGUUUUCGGCCACAUUGAGUAAGGAGAUCAGACCAGUGUGCAAGAAGUUCAUGCAGGAUCCCAUGGAAGUUUAUGUUGAUGAUGAAGCUAAACUGACAUUGCAUGGCUUGCAGCAACACUAUGUUAAACUUAAAGAAAAUGAGAAGAAUAAGAAGCUUUUUGAGCUAUUAGAUGUUUUAGAAUUCAACCAAGUUGUAAUAUUUGUGAAGUCUGUGCAACGAUGCACAGCUCUGGCUCAACUACUUACAGACCAAAAUUUCCCAGCAAUAGGUAUUCAUAGAAACAUGACUCAAGAUGAGCGUCUCUCCCGUUACCAACAAUUUAAAGAUUUCCAGAAAAGGAUAUUAGUUGCUACCAAUUUGUUUGGUAGAGGAAUGGACAUUGAAAGAGUCAACAUAGUUUUCAACUACGAUAUGCCUGAAGAUUCCGAUACUUAUCUCCAUCGAGUAGCCAGAGCUGGAAGAUUUGGUACCAAAGGCUUAGCUAUCACCAUGGUGUCUGAUGAAAAUGACGCCAAGAUCUUAAAUGAAGUUCAGGACCGCUUUGAUGUCAACAUAACUGAACUACCUGAAGAAAUUGAAUUAUCUACCUAUAUUGAGGGCCGA